UCCCCCGGCAGCUCCAUGCCCUGGGCAUCCCAGGGCUGGCCCUGCCUGUGGAGCGCAGGGCUGGGCCGUGUUCUGCGGCCUGUCCCGCAGCCCCUCAGCUCUGACCGCGCUCACUCUUUGCCAGAUCCAGGACGGGACCGGACACAAGACCAGGACCGUGCCCGUGGUCGCUUCCGCAGAUCUGAUCAGGCCUUUCUGAAAUUUGUGGGCAUUCGGCGUAAAAGGACCACAACCACACCAACUGAGGUCAUGGACCAGCCUGACCCCAACCCCACUGAGCUCAAGGCAGACCCUGAUGUCACCACUGAACUGACUGAUGGCACAGGAAACUGUGACAACCCGCCGAUUGUUCACACAGCAAAGUCUGACCCUGCUUUGACUGAUGCUACAACAGACACUGACACUCCAUCGGUUGAUCGCACUGCAAUCUCUGACAUCGUGUUGACCGAUGAACCGACAAACUCUGACACUGCACUGCCUGAUCUCACUGCGGAGGCCGACGCUGCAAUGACCGAGGGCAUUGCAGACACUGACCUCAUGCCCAGGGAGAGUGUGAAUUCUGCUCCCACUCCAGAUAUUUUUGAGGAGAAGGGUGUCUCCAGUGCAAAGCAAGUGCCAGCCUUCGUCAGGAACCUGCACCAGAGACUGACAGCCAGCGAGACUCUGGAAGAGAAGCUGCUGACGGAGUUCCUGAGGGUGACUGAGGCACACCCUGAUGAUGUUGUGAUGACCCUCCUGCGCUGUGCCCCAUCAUGUGACAGAGCUGCUGCAACCAUGUGGAAAACCAUCGCCUCAUCGGCAAUGAUAAUGGAGAAGGUGCUGCCAAAGCUGCUCUACGUGAUGGAGAACUGGCCACGGCACAGCACGUCCACCUCCGACGGGGACAACACACAUGUCUUUGGCCUGGCUGCAACCAGGGUGAUCUGGGAGAUUCUCCAGAUGCUGCAGUGCCCAGAGCUACUGAAAAAGUAUUCCCCCCGUCUCCUCGUGGAUCUGCUCUUCCAGAUUUCCAUCCACACAGAGCAGACACCAGAGGAAGUUGACACCUUGUGGAGGGAAUGCCAAAAGCAAUCCAACCUUCCCACAAACUCCAAGAGGUUUGCAGUGCUGACCACCAAGGCCCUGCUUUGUCAUCUCGAGUGUGAAGAUGUCAUGGUUGCAAUGGAACAGAAGCGUGGCUGGGACACACUCCUCAACUCUGACACCCACCACUAUGCAGUGGGUCUGCUGGCCAGGGAGAUGCGCCGUGCCUCGAGCCCCAUGUAUUACUGGAUUGCCCGCUGCCUGCUGAGGCUGCUCACCAGGGAGAUGCCACGCUGGGAGCUUCCUGCCAUGGCAUUCCUUGUGGAGGUCCUGGACUGCCUGGACAUGACUGAAUGGAGUAACAGCUUGGUGAAGAUCUUUUCAAGGUGCCUGCGGAGCAAGCGCACAGAGAUGCGUCGCCUGGUGCUCAGAGGCCUCGUGGUGCUGAGCAAGGAUCCUGUGAUGGCUGACGGCAUGCGGAGCCUGACACCAAACCUCAUGGAUU